AUGCUCCGUGGCCGGGAGAGCCACUGCUUCUGUGCGGGGAAAGAAGGGCAAAGUCCGAAGCUGGCAUGAAAGGGCGCCGCGCGAGCCGGAGGUAGCCCAGCAGCGUCCAGCCUCGCCCCGCCCCCCGCGGAACCCUCUGCCGGCGCCAUGGUGCUGGAUAGCUUGGCCCGCAUCGUCAAAGUGCAGCUGCCUGCUUACCUCAAGCGCCUGCCGCUGCCGGAGAGCGUCGGCGGCUUCCUGAGACUCACAGUUUCAGAAUGGCUGCGGUUAUUGCCUUUCCUGGGUGUCCUUGCUCUGCUCGGAUAUCUUGCUAUUCGCCCAUUCCUUCCCAAGAAGAAGAAACGGCAGAAGGACAGCUUGAUUAAUAUCAAAAUCCAGAAAGAGAAUCCCAAAGUAGUAAAUGAAAUCAACAUUGAGGACCUCUGUCACACUAAGGCAGUAUACUGCAGAUGCUGGCGCUCUAAAACAGUGAGUUGUUUUAUUGAAUUCGCUAUACACUUUUUACUUAAGGUCAUUGUUGUCGCUUCGCUUCUUUUAAAAGUCACAAUUGUGCACUUCAGGGUAGAAUGCUCUUAUAGACUGUUUAUCACUAGUGAAGAAUUAAUACUUUUUUUUUUUAGUUUUGCCUGAACUAGUGUUUAUUGUAUACUACUAAAUACCUGCAUUUUAAAAUCUAUUCUGUAGCUAGAAAAACAUUUUUGCCCAUAGUCCUCCAGGUUCAUUGGGAAAGUGAUGUCUGACAGCUUUAUAUGUGCUUUUGUGAAUCAGCAUGGUUCUGGUAGCUUGGCAAACCCAUCUGUGGGUUUGCCAAUCUACCAGGCCAUAUAUAUUCACCAUGAUUUAUAAUGCAAAUGAUUUAAACUAUUUUGCUUUCAUUUAGCUUCUGACAUGUUAUUGAACUGCAAAGGAGAACAACAGCUAUAAUAUAGAUGUGAUUUGUCCAUUUUAUUUAACUAGCUAAGGAUAGCACGCAAUUCCAUGGUUAGGACAAGUGUUAUAAACAUAUUAUGCCAUCUGUUCAUAAACCAUAGUUGAAUUUGGAUAAAAAGCCAAAUAUUGGCUUUUUAUUAUGAUUUGAUGUGUCCAAAUUGGCAACUAUGACUCAAUUCUUUUAACAUGGAUUACACUAAGCAGAAUUCUCUACAUAUUGCAUAUAACCUUUAAUUUUAUUGCCACCAAACAAUUGUAAUUAAGAGGACGAAAGUGAAGA